ACUUUAAUUAAAAUUACUCUAGAAUAUUAGUUGUGGGGUUUAAAGUGUAUUAAUUUAAAAUCUACAAUGGCAACAGGUGGAAACUUAGCACUACUCUCAGUUUCCGACAAAAGGGGAAUUUUGCAAUUGGGUAAAAGUCUUUCAGAUUUAGGCUUUACUUUGGUUGCUAGUGGGGGCACGGCAAAAAGCCUUAGGGAUUCUGGUUUACAAGUUAAGGAUGUUUCCGAAAUUUCCGGCGCUCCAGAAAUCCUGGGAGGAAGAGUUAAAACUCUCCACCCAGUGGUACAUGGAGGAAUUUUGGCAAGAUCAAUUCCAUCUGACCAAGCCGACUUGAAAAAACAAAACAUUGAUAUGAUUCGCAUUGUUGUGUGCAAUUUGUAUCCAUUUGUUGAAACUGUAUCCAAACCUGAUGUAACCAUAGCAGACGCAGUUGAAAAUAUUGAUAUUGGUGGUGUUACUUUACUUAGAGCUGCUGCCAAAAAUCACGCUAGAGUGACCAUCAUUUGUGAUCCAUCAGAUUAUGAUAAGGUCAUUCAAGAAAUUAAAACUUCUCCAAACAAAGACACCACCGAACAAACCAAACAAAGUUUGGCUUUGAAAGCCUUCACCCACACUUCCGAAUAUGACCUUGCCAUCACUGAUUACUUAAGAAAACAGUAUUCUGCUAAUGAGUCUCAAAUCACCCUAAGAUAUGGCAUGAACCCUCACCAAAAACCAGCACAAAUUUUCACCAAUUUACCUAAUUUACCAUUGAAAGUUGUAAAUGGCUCUCCCGGAUUUAUUAACCUCUGUGACGCCUUAAACGGCUGGCAAUUGGUUAAGGAACUUAAAGAAGCUUUGGGAUUACCAGCUGCAACCAGUUUUAAACAUGUUUCUCCAGCUGGAGCCGCCGUAGGAAUUCCAUUGAACAAUGAACAGGCUAAAGUGUGUAUGGUAGAUGACUUGAUUGGUGAAUUGACACCAUUGGCUCUUGCCUAUGCUAGAGCAAGGGGAGCAGACCGUAUGUCUUCGUUUGGAGAUUUUGUCGCUCUUUCAGACGUUUGCGAUAAAGCCACAGCUAGACUUAUUUCCAGAGAAGUAUCCGACGGUAUUAUAGCCCCUGGAUAUACCGCCGAUGCCCUUGCAUUGCUUAGCAAAAAGAAAAAUGGAAAUUACUGUGUCUUGCAGAUUGAUCCUACCUAUGCUCCAAGCCCAAUUGAAAGAAAAAUACUCUUUGGUCUUACUUUGGAACAACAAAGAAACAAUGCUGUAAUCAAUUCAUCUCUCUUUCAAAAUGUCGUCACUGACAACAAGAAUCUUCCAGAAUCCGCUCAAAGAGACUUAAUUGUUGCCACAAUUGCUCUAAAAUACACACAGAGUAACUCGGUAUGCUAUGCCAAGGAUGGUCAAGUUGUUGGUAUUGGUGCUGGUCAACAAUCCAGAAUCCACUGCACCAGAUUGGCAGGUGAUAAGGCGGACAACUGGUGGUUGAGACAACACCCUAAAGUAUUGAACAUGAAGUUCAAGAAAGGUGUAAAGAGGGCUGAAAUCUCAAAUGCCAUUGAUAAUUAUGUAAAUAACACUGUGGGCAAGGACAUGGACAGGAAAGUGUUUGAAGCAAUGUAUGAAGAAGUACCUGUACCUCUUAGCGACUCUGAGCGCAGAACCUGGUUGGACAAGUUGACCGGAGUGGCUUUGGCAUCUGACGCCUUCUUCCCAUUCAGAGAUAAUAUUGACAGAGCCAGACUUAGUGGAGUUUCUUUUAUUGGAAGUCCUUCAGGCUCCACCAACGAUGCUGAAGUCAUUAAAGCCUGUAAUGAACAUAAAAUCACUUUAGCGCACACAAACUUGCGGCUUUUCCAUCAUUAAUUUUUUCUUUAUAUUAAGUUUUCUUAUAUUAUACAAAAUUGUAUUAUUUUUUAAAUAAAUGUUAUAUUUUUAUGCCAA